GGACCCAACCAGGCGGUAACUCCUUCAUACGUCGUCCGUAUUAGUUAUGUAUUCACUUGGAUGAGUCAGUCAUGGCUGGGGCAUCUGGGAUGGAAUUCUGCAAACGAACAGGAUGGAGGCAUGCUUCCUAACCAUCAUAGCAGCGACCGUUCGAAGAUUCCAUAUCGAUUCCACGCAAGGGGACGCCAUGUCACGGUGUCAGAGGCAUCCGGUUCAGGAAGGCCAAGGGACUAGUUCGGUCACUAUCUACGCCACAGUGGAAUUAUUCUGUCGCUUUCUCCCUACUAGGUGCUUUCUGGGUCUCGCAUUACCUGCCGGGCUCUGCCCAUCGGCACCUCCAUCUCUAUCUCCUUCCCGAUCCCAGGCCACAGGCUAUUACCCGAAGCGGGUGAAUAUGGCGCUUCCCAUGUCCAGUCAGUGCAGUCAGUGCAGUCACAUGUGCUGCUACCUGACGGAGACAUGGAAUCAAGAUUCGGCGAACCAUGGGGCAAUAGUCCUUUCGAUGAACCCGAUUUCUGCAGGGCUGGCGUGUACGGUGCUGGUGCACACAGUAGACCUGUGGCCUAGCCACCAAGCCCCCAUCCUCAUGCAGAUCUCCCAGACCUGUCACUCUCCCGUCCACACCGGCGAACCGUACAUCCUAUCUAUACGAUGUAUACCCUGUAGUAUGUUGAGACAUGCUGAGAACGGAGGCAUGGCCUCGACACGUCAUGAUAGUGUCAUCAACUGGCCGUCCAUCGAGUCGAUGCAGCGAAUCUGAUCCGAUCCGCGACAAAGGAUCGAAUGAGAUCCCGCCCUGACUAACCGACACGAUGCUUGCCACCGAUGGGAUCCCUGCGCCCUCCUUCUCUGCCGUGUCGGACGGCAGAGCGGGAGAGCGUGACCCCUUCUCAUUCGAUCGGAACCAUGGGUCACAGCCUCAGAAUAGAUUAAAGACGCCUCGGAAAGCACGGCCUCCGAAGGGGAACUG